CAUUCCAAAAGCAAUUCCCGCCCAAUCCACAUUCGGCACCACAAACCAGGGGUUCAACUCCAGGAUGCACCCUUUCACCACCAUUUUUUCUUUACAGUACUGAUGAGCACGACGAUCCGAUAUUGAGAUUCACGAGAAGGGCAAUCGAAAGAAACGAGACGAAAGAAACGGCGCUGAGCGCCUAUAGGCGUAUCGUUAAGCGAAACGAAACACCUAAUCUCAUCCCUCAAACCCCCCCCGCGUAGAUUCACUGCGACGCUGCAAUCCGCGUGCGGCUCUGGCGAAAACGCCAGCUGUUGGAUCCUUCGACUGCCGAUCAUCACACACCCCUCGCCCUCCUUUAACGCACGGCUACCACGAAAAGAGACAACCGCGCAAUUAACCUUACUCCGUCGUGCCCCCCAGGGCCAGAUCGUCACGAAACAUGCCUCCCAAAACACCGAAUAACACGGGCACGCCCAUCUUCUCGACCUCCAUCUUCUCCUCCAACGCUGCUUCUCGUCCCACCACGCGCGACGGCCACGCCGUUGAUCCUCUGAACACGUCCAUCCUCCCCAAAGACCGCAAAGCGUCGUUCUCGCGAAAGGCGUCGCUGUCGAGUAGGCGUGGGAGUUCGUUUGGGAACGGGCCUAACGCUUUUGUCACGGAUGCUACGGCGCCUCCUGCGCUGCCAGACUACGCUCUCUCUGCUGCUGCCAAGGUAGCGCCUAGGCCUGACGGCGUGGAAAGUGCGGCGGCGCCCGUGGAACCUCAGAUGUUGAGUCGCAGUGCGACGGGGUCGACGACCCUUCAUGGGGGGAUCGUGCCGAAUACGCCGAUUGGGAUAAUGCCGAAUGGGGCGGUUGGGACGUCGGGAAUGUGGCAGCAGAAUGAGGCGGGUAUCAUGCACCAUCAUGUUACGGAGCUUGCGAAUAAGCGCAUCGCGACGUUGGAGUAUUUGCGGAAAGCACAUGAAGGACGGAUUUAUUGGUUCAAGACGUAUCUCUUCGAAAAGACGGACCUCAAUCGCAUGCCCUCCCUCGAUGCUCGAAAGCUUGGUCGCAAAGCAACGAACCAUCUCCUCCUCGGCCUCUCCCUCCCGACAAUCAUCGACCUGUACUCCUCCACAUCGAUCGAAUUCCUCCGAAGUCUAAACUCGCUCCUCUCUGAGUUCGACUCCUUCCAACAACUCCACGGCGAAUCAUCAACCGCUGCAUCACUCACCCGCGCGCGUCUCCCAAGCAUGUUCCGUCGUCCUGGCGGUAAAUCUCGUCGCUCAACAUCAGCAGCUGACAUGCACCCCAUGGUCGACGAGAUGGCUUCUUUGCCCGCAGCCGGUGGUCCAGCGCCCUCUGUCAUGAACUUUGCAGCUGCUGAGACAGAUCUCCUCCCUGGAGAAGAGUAUACCUUUCUACUCACGCCUUCGUUGCCGUUUGACCCCGAUUACUUUGAGACGUUCGCGACGCUGUGCGAUGUGUUGAUCGAUUGCUACACGAGAUUUCUGGCGUUGGUACCUUCACCUAGAGAGUGUUCUGCACCUGUCGCUGAACUCUUCACGAAAGCGGAUUCGCGCGUGCGCAAGAUAAUCGUGCAAGGGAUAGUACGGGACUUUGAGGAGCAGAGUCGCAGCCAUGUCAAGACAGAGGUGGCUAGUAUUGGGAAGGUGGUUCUUGGAGGAUUAAUGUGAAAUGGACUUUGAUGCAUGGAGUUAGCUGGGACCGCGGUGUCCUCAUCGGAUGCAUGCUGGAGUUUGGUUUGUUCUUGAUACGCAUAAUGGCACGAAGAUAUGAAGCGUCGGAUAUCGUCAUCUAUUCAACAGUUUUGGGUUCCCUACAGCGGGUUCUGUACAUGAUAAUACAAUGCCUAUGCUACAGUGUUGUACAUCUAUUUCUUGCCAUUGAGCUUCUCUUUGGCUUCUUCUUCGGCCAUGAGGAGUUCAAUAUCCUUAUUCACAAGCCAAUCUUUUGCGCCGUCCAUGAUUCGAUCUAGCUUUUCACCGCCCUCGAGAACAUUCGGUAGGUCGUGCACGUCAACGCCUGCACGAUGGUCGGUACAUCGGUCUUGGUUGUAGUUGUAUGUUCGGAUCUUAUCACCUCGUGUGAUCUGUGUCUUGGAGAGUACGCUGUUUCUUAGCUUAGAGGCUUCCUCUUCACGAGCUUCUCGUCGCUGAUCUGCAAUGCGUGAACGAAGCAAUUUCCAUGCUUCUUCACGAUUACGCUGCUGCGAACGAUGAUCCUGCAUCGACACAGUCGUACCAGUAGGUAAAUGCGUCAUUCGAAUAGCAGACUCCGUCUUAUUAACGUGUUGUCCUCCCGCACCUCUAGCUCGCAUCGUCUCAAUUUUGACCUCCUGCGGAUUAACGUAGAAGUCACUCUCUGGAUCGUCAAAGUCGAUGUUUGCAGCGCCGUUCUCGGGGAACGAGGGCAGAACCCAGACUGCGACGGCGCUGGUGUGCACGCGGCCUUUGGUCUCGGUGCUGGGAAUGCGUUGGACGCGGUGCAUGCCUGCUUCGCUGCGGAAGAUGUCGAAGGCGCCUUGGUCGUGGACUUCGAGAAUUGCUUCUUGGAGAGGGUUCUCGCCGGCUGAUGAGGAGGAGUCACCUGCUGUAUCGGCAAAUUCGUACUUUACUACUGUGUGGCGAUAACCGCGUCGCAUGCAUAGCGCCUUGUACAUUUUGAACAAAGUAUCCAUAAAGUACCGCCCUUCAAGACCACCAGGCCCAGGGCGGAAUUCCAGCAUGCAUGGGAAAUCGGCGAAGGGGUGGCGGGGCGUUAAGCUUGCUGAGAGUCUGCGGGCGAGGGACUCGAGUUUUCCUGUUUCGGAGCUGAGUUCAUCGCGGGCGAUGGCAGCGAGAUCGGCGUCUUGAUCGGGGUCGUCGAGCAUGGAGGUUAAUUCGGUGACAGAGGCUUGGGAGGUCUGCCAUGCUUUCAGCGCUUCAGCUACGCGGGACAAUUCGCCGACGCGCUUAGCUAUGGUAGAAUCGAAGGAGUUGUUGAGGGUUUUCUGGAGGUCGUCGUGUUCGGUUGUGAGGGAUUGGGCGCGCUGGAGGAGUGCGGGUGCGAGGAGUGGUGAGGCAU